AUGUAUCCCCACCCCAAACGCCGGCGACUGACUGGGGAGGUGCCAUUCCAAACCGAACUUGAGGGCGCACCGGGUCUCUCGUCACCACCCGCAUAUGCGCCCGCCAUGAACGUGAACCAUGACUGGGUCCAACCGCAACACGCCCCUGCAUAUACUCCGUCUGACUCGACGGAUGGGCCUGCAUUUCCGUCUCCACUGGGCACGGCAAGCUGGGGCCAUGAUGGGUUCGCGCAUGAUCCAGGCUUCCUGGCAUCCCAGGAGGAACUGCGCUGCAUGCUAUUCACGAUUGCCCAGUCUGCAGCCCCGACGCGGGCGGCAACUCCGGAUACGAAUGCGCAGGAUAUCGUGGAAAAUGAGGAAACGUAUGCUCAGCGGAUCAAGGAGCGGCUUCCAGGUCGACCGGCUCUCUCGAGCGCUCGGCGAGUUGAAUACUUGAAAAAUUAUGUGGGACAAGUGGCACCAUGGCUGGACAUGUUUGACUCGCAAUGCACCUUUCGCGUCCAAAUCCCGGCCCUCGCUCGCACGUUCCCCGCCCUUCUCAAUGCAAUCCUUGCGAUCUCUGCCCGACAGAUGGAACGAAAAGAGGGCAUUCAGAACUCUUUUGAUAGUAUCGAGCUAUAUCAAGAGGCCAUUCGGCUACUUAGUCCUUUGUUGCAGAUGCGCGACCCCAAAGUCAUCGCUGCCUGUGUGCUGCUCUGCUGUCUGGAGAUGAUGUCUGCAAGAGCACAGGACUGGCGGCGUCACCUGGAAGGAUGCACGGCCCUUUUUGAUGCCUUUGGAAUUCACGGGUUUAGUAGUGGCCUGCUGCAAGCUGUAUUUUGGUGCUAUGUGCGAAUGGAUUUAUGCGGUGCUUUGAUAUCAGAUGGAACUCAAAGUACCCUUCUUCGUCCUCGCAAAUGGCUGGCCCCGAAUUGCCAUGAAGACGACGCUGCUCAGUUAUUCCAGGCGGCCCGUUCUCCAGAUAUGCAUGCCAACUAUGCGGUCUAUUUGUGUGCAAAAACCUGUGAAUUGGUUUCGGAUCGCACUCAAUUUGUGGAAUUAGCUGUACAGAAUGAAUGCACAGGCGAAACAUUCAAUCGACGCUGGCUGCACCUCUGGGAAGACCUGCAACAAUGGUGCGAGAGUCGACCAUCGGAAUUGCUGCCCGUCCAUACCACUCAGACUAAACCAUUCCCACAUAUGCUCUUUUUGCAUUGGGCGGCCAUCUCUUCAAACCAACUGUACCAUACCGCCUGCAUUCUUCUCCUGAAUAUACAGCCCAAAAACAUCAAACUGCAAUCCGCACAGAUCGUCUCGGCUCUAUGGCAUGCUCGACGAGUCUGUGGCAUCUCCCUGGCAAACCCCCAUCAAGGCUGCCUCAACAAUGCCAUCCAGCCGCUUUGGAUUGCUGGUCGUCUCUUUAGUCACGUCUCCGAGCAUGCUAUCAUCGUGGAACUUAUCAGGAAGAUAGAAGCGGAGACAGGAUGGGGUGCUUGCUGGCGUAUCCGGGAUCUCGAGCUCGCUUGGGGUUACCAAGUACCACGACGGGGCCGAAAAUCAGGCCAAUGUCAGUUACCAGCGGCUGGGUGA